GCCAAGCGGCCACACAUGCCGCGAGCCCCAUAUCUUGAUCAGGCAAACGAAGUAAUACGCAGUCAAAAUCAGUGUCAAGGACGGCCUACCAAUCGUGUUUCGCGAGUGCAGACGGAGCAGUUAUCAGAGUUGAAGUAUUCUGGCGUAGCUUACUAUAAGAACCAAGGAAUGAUGGACAAUUCGACUGGGAUAAUUUCUAACACGUCUAGAGUUUAUCAGACCCUAGAAGAAAUCAAUGCAUCAACAGCUGAACAGCGCCUCCCAACGGUCAUCUUCCUCGUCAUUCUGAUUACCGUGGGACUGAUUGGAAACACAGUGGUCAUUGUUGCAUACUCCCUGAAAUACCCACCGUCCACGUUCAGACUGUACAUCUUAACUCUAGCAGUGCUUGACCUUCUCUCUUGCCUCAUCCCAAUGCCUCUUGAGGUCGUUGACAAUGUGUACCCUGUGAUGUUUUAUUACGAGGGAUUCUGCAAAUGUGGACGUUUCUUUGGCCAUGUCCUCAGAAUCGGAUCUGCGUUUGUUCUUGUUGUGAUGGCAGUGGGUAGAUACAAGAACAUUUGUCACCCAUAUUCGAAGCCCAUAGGUGUGCUCCAAGCUCGUUUGUGUUGCACUGCAGCAAUCGCUCUGGCCAUCGCCUUCUCAUGGCCAAACGCCAUCAUACAAGGAAUGAAACACUUGUAUCUUCCAGGGAACAUUACUGGCUUUGAUUGUUCUAUCGAUGACGACGUUCGGAAUACCAGAUACCCCUUUAUAUAUACUACCAUUCUGUUUACUGUGUACGUCACAGUGUUUCUGUCGCUGGCCGUGUUGUACAGUCUGGUGAUCUUCUCCCUUCGAAAACACGCCGAGAAGCAAAAGGCUCGGAAACUGAGUGACAGACUCAACAAAAUGAAUCCCAGAAUCACGAAACUCAUGCUUGCAAUCACAGUGGCCUUCAUCUUGUGCAAUUUGCCCGAUUGUAUCCUGGAUGCCAUAUCUACAUUCAAAAGAGGAAACAUUUUCCAGGCGAGCCCUGUUGUCUUGGGAAUUCUUCCGCUUUUAGCCAGAGCAUUUUUUAUAAACAAUAUCAUCAACCCUUUCAUAUAUUUGAUCGGAGAUUCGAAGUUCCGAGACAUCGUGAAACAGUCCCAGAGAUGCUUCUACUAACACUGCAUGAUGCAAAAGUUCGCCAUUACAAAGUCGAUUGUCGUAAUGGGGUUAGAUACAACAACGCUCAUUCAAAGCGAUUCAUUGGGACUAUCGGGUUUUUAUCUACGUUAAUCAUCUCGGCAUUAAAGACCAUCAUAUAUAAGUA